GGCACCACACGAUAAUAUUUCCAGUAGGCGCUAAGCAGACACUUCGCAACGCUUGCGUCUCAGAACAACAGCUAAUUCUCAGAUUCUUUUGACAACUUCUCCGAUUGUUCUGACAUCCUGCCUUUGGAGAAAAUCAGGGUACAAAAAAGAGGAAAAACGAAGAAUUGCUAAAAGAAUAUUGCUGCUAAAGGUUUUACCCAACAAAGGCUACAGAUUGGUAAAUUUGCGUUACACAUUGUACAGCUCUGUUACCAGUUUGUACGCAGUGCUGUAUGUCCAAGAUGGAAGCAAUAAGCGAUGACCAUGUGCAAAGAGAACAGGCAGAAUCCGGAGGAAGUGAAGAUUCAAGAAUAAGGGAAGAAGAUUCGUUAAAUGAGGAUCGGGAAAAAGAUUUGAAAGAAGAAUAUUGGCAUGUAAACCCCAAAAGUGAACUAUUCAAACUCGGAGAUGGAAAAAGCAACUGUUUGGAAAGCGCUGAAGAUUCCGGUGAAGAAAUAGCCCAAUUAAAAAGAGAACUGGAAGAGUUAAAGAGAAAAUGGAAACGUGAGCGUAAGACCACCAUAAUGGUACUGAGAGCACUUGCUGAUGAUAUACAAAAAGAUGAAGAAAAUUCCCGAAUGGCAACGAUAACGGGCGCAUUAUCUUAUCUUUUUGGCAAAGGUGUAGGUCUAGGAAGUGGUGCGGCUUUCACGGGGCUGGGCGCCUCUCUGCCCUUGGGUGCUGUUGGAGCUGUUAUUGCUGCUGUGGGCGGUACAACAAUGGCUGGCACACUAAUCGUAAAUAAAGUUUUACGAUAUCGUAAAGUUAAAAACGUCUGUGAAGCAAUAAAUACGGACGCAAAAGAGACCAAAAACCUUCAGGAUAAGUCAGAUGAAGUCAAUGAAAUGAUGGAGAAAUUGAAGAGAUUAGGGCGAAAAAAUCUCAUCGGCCCAAAAGGCGUCGAAAAGGCCGUUCAGUUCAGUAGAAGUGCGAUCUUUACAGCAAUGGAGUUUGCCAAGAUAUUCAGUGGUGGGCUUGGGGAAACGUGUAGAACUGUUGGUGGUGCAUCUAGAGGACUCCGUUUAUUUGGAUCCGUCGCCGGAGCUGCACUGAUACCACUCGAUAUUUAUACAUUGGUUUCGACAUUCAUAAAGGUUCGCAAUGGUUCAAUUGUUCAGGUCGUUAAAGAAAUCCGAAAACUAGCACAAGAGCUAGAAAACGAACUGUUAUUGUAAUUGUAAUUGUAAUUGAAUGCAACGGAAUAAGGAAAACCUUUCAUUCCAUAUAAUAUAUAUACGCCUAUAAUUUACUUAAGAAAAUUAUAGAAAAUAGACUAGGAAAACAAUAACAAUUUAGUCACAUGCAUUUGAACAAUAUAACCAA